UGAAGCUAGCCCACAUCACGUAUUUACACUUAAACAGUUCCAAUAAGUUAGUCGGAUGCAUUACAUCCAUUUAUGAUAAUAUUCGGAAACGUUUCAGUAUCGCACCUAGACUACUUUCAAAAGUGCUACCAUAGUUGAAUUAAUACGGAAACAAAAAACCCGCUAAUCACUUAUGCAGCCUUUGAAAUUGGUGGUGGUGAGAGCAAAAUUUUUGAGAACACGGGUCAACAUCAUGUCAUGUGGUAUUAUGACAUGGAACAGGACACAUCACCAUUGAAAACGUGUCUUAUCACCGUGGAGAGUAUUGCACCAUGUUAGAUGAGCGAGGUAGGAUGCUCGGCCCGCUCGCUCGCCUAUCCAGUCCCACACAACCUCCAACUCAAGACGGAUCGUAGUAAGCAACUCAUGAGAUAAAUGUGGACAGAACUAUUCUUCAGAGUGUAUCUUAUUGUUGAAGUGACAUAUUUUGAUGUGGUAAUGACAAGAAACACCUCCAGCAUGAAUUGACAGGACAAAGAAUGCUCUGUACUGAUAAUGCAGGGCAGUGCAUACUGCAUAGUACAUACCGUCUUACCCUUGGCUGUGUGGUAUCCCACCGGUGGUGCAAUACUACAUGAAAGACAUGUCAGGCGUUUAUACAAUAAUUGAAGCCAGCAUCAGCAAAAUAAGAGAAGGAUAUCAAAAUAGCAAGAUAUUCUAUAGAAGUUGAGAUGACAUCGGCCGGUCUUCAGUGCAAAUAAUUCACCUUUGAAGCACUACAAAACAAGGGGUGAAGGAAGCAAGACGAUAAAAAGAGCAGAGGAAAAAACAUUGAUACCGCAAGAUCACGAAGUCGGAAAACAAUAUCUCUAAGCAAUUCAAGGAAUCGGACAGAGCGUGCGCCUGCCUAUUGAGGGCGGCUGGCUGCUCAACUCCUUGGCUAAUAUCUCGGCAUUCAGCCUGACCACGGCUAAAAUCACCAUGGAGAAGACGGAGACCAGGGCACAGGACAUUGGAGAGAUGACAGAGCCUCAGAUGACACAGGCAGAGUUCACUGAUAAGAUGGAGACUCACCAGGCCUUCAUACAUGGCAAGUCAGCUGAACUGACCCGUCUGAUGGACACCCUGAAGAUAGUGCGUGAGAGCAAAGAGCCAUUGACACAGGUCAAGAACUCCCUGCAGGAAGAAAUCAACACCUGUAACAAGGCCAUUAAUGCUGUAUCUGAGGAAGUCACUCAUCUAAAACAGAAGCUGAGGUACCAUAGUGUGAAGCAAAUCCUUGACAACAUAGAACGACUGGAGUAUCAGCUUCGCAACAACAACUUCAAGCCCAGGGAGGAACAGAAGAUCCUUGAUGAGAUCUCAAUGCUCCAGAAGUCCAUCCGAACCCUCCGGGAGUAUGAGGCCAAACAGACUGAGAACAAAAAGUACCGUGCAGAACGAACUAGACUGAUAGAGGAAAGAAACAACAACUACUCCAAGAUCAGGACUCUUUAUGCCAAGGAGGAUGAGAUUAAGAAGGAAAUAGCAGUUCUGCGUGGGGACAUUUCUGCCAGUAGGAAAUCCAUUGAUCAGUUGCGGCAGCUGCGGCCAAAGCUAGAGCAGGAGUGGACAGCUCAGCAGCGUAAGCUACAGGCGGCACGCAACAAACGCUAUGAGGAGAAGAAGCGCUUGCGGCAGGAACAAAUACGGGAGCGACAGGAGGAGAAAAGGAAGCUUUGGGAGGAAUAUGAAGCAAGCCGGGAACCGUACGAGGAGGAGAAGAACCUUUGUCGACUCCUCAUCAAUUACUUGCAGUCCAGUGUGAGCAACAGCACUCCCACUCCCAGCACCCCAGCCUCCAUCACCUCCCGGCACUCAAGCUCCAGCACUCCCAGCCUCACUCCUGCCACCACUCCGUCCCAGCCACCCCCAUCUUUCCCCUCAUGCAGCUCUACAGAGGCAUUCAGCUUUCCCUCAAAGUGUAAGGACAUGGUGCCUCCAGAGUCAUCUGGCGCUUACUACUGUAAACCCAAGGAUGAAAAUGCCUUGACCAGAGUGAGCAAGCGAGAGAAGGCCAAGGUGAGAAGGGAACAUAGGCUGGCAAAUCGCACAAAAGAGUUACCGCACACACCUGAUGUGCUCCUGAAGUUCAGCAAGCUGUCCAUCACUCCACCCAGGAACACAGAGCAGAUCCCUGGGGUGAUAGUUAUGCUGCAGGACCAACUUCAGCACUUCCACUCAUUAGCACUGAGUGAAGGCACCAGCAAACAGAUUGAUGGCAGUGUGGAUAACACAAACAAGGCCAAGGGUGUAGCUAAAAGCUCCAGACCCAAGAGCUUGCUUAUAAUGUCUUGCUCCCAGACCACUUCUGCCAUCACCACCACCACCACUACCACCACCAUGACAUCCACCACAUUUACUGGGCAGGAGCUCACCAGUGAAGUGAAAGAAAAUGGCCAGCUCCCUCCCAUCACUCCCACCGCUGCCUCCUCUUCCUCUGCUGUCAAUGUGUACAGUGUGACUACUCCGGUGUCAGUGCCAGCAAUAAAUGUGGUGGCACCUGGUGCAUCGUGGGGAGUUAGUGUUAUUCCUAACCAUGCACCUAAAGACAGUUUAAGUGAAAGCAGUGUUAGUAGUCCAACAAACACUGAGCCUAUGUACAAUGGCAUUUCUCACGCUAUCAAUGGAAUGCGGCAUGAAGUAAACUCGGUACCAGAGCUACAGAUGUGCUCAGAUAUCCUGUCGGCAGGGAACAGCGACUCUUACUUUUCUGGACCAAUAUCAUACACCUGCAGUGUGGUAGAGGGAAAGAGUUUGAAGGAACCAAACAAUAAUGGUGGCUUUAGCUAUGCUGCAGUUGCAGCAAAGGUAAAGCCACUUGAGUUUUGAGCUGUAGUUAGAUAGCUUGAGCUUAUUUAUUAAUGCUUUAUUUGUAUUGCUACCAAAGAUAAGUUUUGAAUACUUGUUUGCUGAAUGCUGUUCUGUAUAGACUUCAUUAUUGUUUGCAUUUGUAUUAUGAAUGAUGCAUUGAUGCUAGCUUAUUUUGUGCAGGAGGAACAACUUUCAUAUGAAUGAAAACUAAUGUGGUGGUUCUUGUGGGAAAUCAGUGUUAGAUGGUUGAUCUUCAUCAUCCAUGUAGAGUAAGAGUUCAGUGCUCAAAGGAACAUAACAAUAGUCUGGAGAAUGAAGUGGAGGUGUAGGAGGUGCAAGAGGAAGACCACCACAGAUAGGACAGUGCCGAAGUACAUGAGAAAUUAAGGUGUGUGUGAAGAGGAAUAUAGAUUAGUUGUGCUCAUCCAUGGGGGAAGGUGUCACACAAAUAUGUUGCUUAUUUAACUGCAUUUAUUACUCAACUAAUUAUCUAGUCACUAGUCUUAGUUAUUUAAUGUUGAUAAUGUUUAUGUUGUUUUAAGGAAAUGACUUUUGCUACUGUUUUUAUAUUUAUAUUGUUUUAUAUGCUAAAAAGAAUAUAUAUGAUGUUGCCCCAAAAUGUGUCAUACUCUCCCCCUCCAUGAAUGUGCCUCUUACAGGAACACUGAUUCAUUUCAGAAGAUAAUCCUUCUGUUGAUGGCCAGCAUGGAACACAAUGCCCUCCACAUGUGUACAGUACUCCCAACCAAAACAUCCAUCCUUGAAAUAAUACUAAACUAUACAUUGUGUAUGCACAUGCUACCAAUAUACAUCUACUGUUUUCAUUUCAUAUAAUUCUGUAGAUAACUUAACCAUCCCACUUAAUGCUAUUGGUGUGACAGGUAUAAAAUGUGGUGGUGCUUCUUGGUGUGAGGUCUUCACUGCUGCAAUGCUUCAAAAGUCACUGUGGACUGAAGAAAUGACACCAGUGGCCAAGAACAAUAUUUGAUAGCAUUUUAAAUGUCUGUAAUUUAAUUUCCUUUUCCUAGAAACACUGUUAUGGCUUGUGUGUUCAAGGAAUCAUUGAUAAAAUGUUCAUUGUUUACAAAAAGUCCAGCUCAGGUAAUGCCCAGAUUUCAUGUGUAUAUAUCCAAAGAAAUCUUUGAUGCAAAUGUGGCUAUGUGAUGAAGUUAUAGGCAGUACUUAGAAACUUGUCAUCUGCCUUGUUCAAACCUAACUGAAAAAAAACUUUGGUGUUCAAAGAAUAGCUUUACAUUGAAUGUUGUGCACAGUGUGUCUGUAACCCCAGACUAAGACCCAGGCUUGUGCAUUGCUACAAUUUUCAUGUUAAGCUCUUCUUGAAUAGCACUAUUCAUUGUGUCGAGGCUGACUGAGAUGUCUUGAGACACUUACAGCAAGUGCUUGUGGUGAUGCAUUUCAGACAUGCUAGGGGAAUGGCUGUGGCAUACACUGUUGGCUAGUAAUAUGUUUUCCACCAUGUGGUGAGUUGGUUAAACAAUUACACUGAGCAUGUGUGAAAUGUACCAUCUGACAGAUGCUGUUAGAAUGAUUGCUGUUCAAAGUGGAUGGAUUUGUCAUUACAGGGAAUAGUUUAACAGUUGUAUAUGAUAUUUUUGACACUGAUUUGUUAUUUAAAGCACACCAGUGGUUCUUGACUUGCUGUGUUUAGAAGACAGUAUUGCUGUACUUAGCAGUAUGACAUCUAUGAGAAAGAAUGUCACAAAUACUUAUUAUUAAUUUCUUCAAUUAAAAUAUUACCAGCUUAUUUUGCUCUUCCUAGUUGCUUCUCAGUGUUUAUUAUCAUUGUUGAAGUAUACUGCAUUCUCAUUCAGUAUUGCAGGUUGAAUUGUGAUACUAUGCCAGAUUAAGAUAACUACUAUAGUGAGACUAGUUCAAAUGUAUAGAAUAUUUUAAAAGUAAUGAGGCAAACUCCAGCAUUUGUUAUGGUGAGUAGCUUCAUAGUUAUUCUUAUAAUAGAGAUCAGCUUCAUUUAUUGACUGAACUGGUUAUCAUAUAUAUUUAGAAAAUAUAAUUUGCAAUGGUGUGUUAUUAUGAUGCAGUUUUAUGAGAAUGAAAUUUCUUUAGUGUGUGUAUUUGUAUAGAACAUUUUUGUUUUUGUGACUAGCUAUGAUCUACUCUUGUGCACCUUUCUGGCAUGAUAGUGCUACUUUAUAUAGAGUAUAGUGGUAAGGAUGCUGACCGCACACACAUCUGGUCAUCUCAGUGUUUAGUCUUGUAGCAUCAAAUAUAAAAAAACGGGUGUUGACUGUAACUGAAGUAUCCAUGCUUUAGAUAAAAUUAUGUAGCUAUUUUUCCUCUAUCAGAUAACAAGUGGGGCAUGAUAGGAAUUGAUCAUUCAGGAUGUUAACAAUAUGUACAUAGAUGAGUGUUGUUAUAGUUAUGUCAUAAUAAGAAACACUGCUCACCAUUAGUCUUGCUGUCAUGAAUUGUCAACCAAAAAAAAAAAAAAAAAACAUGAGCAUUUCUUAUAUUAAGAGUGAAAGUUAUGUUAAAAAAAAACACUUAAAUUAGCAGUACUAGUCUAUUUCCAUAAUUUUUAAAAUAUGAUUUUGCCUAAACUUCUUUAAGUUGCUUAUAGUUAAAAAUAAAAAAUCUAGGAAUAUUUAUUAAUUAGAUGCCACAUGGGCUGCAGUGUUUAGCUUAUUGCAACAUAUUGGUGUGCUAUUCAUUUUAUAUCAGUAUGGCUUUGACUCAGAAUGUGGUACUAAUCUAACUGUCAAUGCUCUGUAAGUGUCACCAAGUCUUGAGUGGAAAACACAAAGGUGUCUGAGGAGGGGUGUCCUGGUGGAAGUGCUGCUGAACAUGUACUAUAUAAGUGUUAGGUGUGUUGCAUAGAAGACAUAUAAUGAAGGAUGUUACAGGCACAGAGAUGAUGGGAGGGUCUGUGACUACUUACACAUCAUUACUGGAAAUUUUAGGUACAAAUUUAUGAAUAAUUGGACUCGUUAUGUACAUAGAUAGAUAUUUAAUCAAAUAAAUCAUGUUUAUAA